AUGACUGAAUCCAAAAUCCAUUUUUUUGAUCUCCUAUCGGACCUUCCCGGCCCUUCCAAGUCAUGGUCCCCCAAUACUCUCCGGACUAGAAUGGUCCUUAACUUCAAGGGCAUCCCCUACACCCAAAGCUGGGUAUCAUACCCUGACAUUGCACCUUUACUUAAGGCUUCUGGCGUCCCACCUAGCAAGUCGGGGAUGGCUUACACACUGCCGGCAAUCAGCCAUAAAGGGUCAAUAGCGAGCAACCCAGAUGGAGUGCUCAUGGACUCCGAUCCAAUCGCCAUGUACAUCGACAAGCUUUACCCAUCGCCCCCGCUCUUCCCCUCUGGCGACGCAAGCUACUCGCUCAUGGUGGCCGUGCUGAAGAUACUGGCUUUGAUGUCACCGAGUAUCAGGUCGCUGAUUAUUCCCAACGUCCCCUCUGGACUGGAUGAGCGUGGACGGGAGUACUUUAUCCGGACGCGCUCUGAGGCUUUCGGGAAACCACUUUCCGAGGUCAGGCCGACGGAUGAGGCAGAGUUGCUUGCUUUGUGGCAGCAUGUCGAGAAGGAGGCGGAGACGUUGAUUAAGAUGCUGAAGGGUAAAGAUGGGAAGAAAGGGCCAUUUUUGGAGGGUGAGACGGCUGGCUAUGCGGAUAUUAUUCUCGGUGGGAUUUUGGCUUUCUCCCAGCGCUUUGAUCGGGAUACCUUUGAGAAGCUUCUUGUUCUUGGGGAUGGGGAAUUUAAGGCGCUUUAUGAAGCUUGUUUGCCCUGGAUUGAAGGGCAGGGGGAGGAGAAGGAUUGGCCGAUUCCCCAGUAA